AUGGCAUCAAGGCAGAAGCUCGACCAUGGUCAGCUUACGGCUUACUUCGACCGCCUCGAGCUCCCAUCUCACAUGCGUCGUUAUUCCAUAUCUGGCCUAACGGCAGACCAACAAAUCGAUUUCCUUUCGCGACUUCACGUACAACACCUCCAUACAAUACCGUUCGAAAACCUCACGCUGCUCUACUCUCACCCCCGCUUCAUCGACGUGGAGCUAUUCCCCGAGGACUUGGCGGUGCUGAAUCUGGGGCCCUCGACCAGUCGGACGAGCUUCUUCACCCAGAAAGUACCAUGCGUCAAACUCGCCGGGGGAAAUGAGUUCUAUGCCAAAUUCACAGUGGAGAACGGUGCUCAAAGGCAACACAAUGAAAACGGUGUUGGAUACGUCGAAGGCGAUGUGAUUGACGGAGUCCUCAUUCUAGACGGUGCGGUGUUGAAGUGGCGUAAGCGGGGCGUCAAGCAGUGGGAGGUCAUCUUGAAAACCGAGGGGGAACGGACACGGGCUCUGGAGGAUGUCUUUGGCAUUUGUCUCUCCGCGGAGGAUAGAGAAACCAUACUGGGGACUGCCUCUGCCCUGAUAGAUCACCCUGGUAGGUUUAGAAAGUAG